GGGAACGAUUUUUUGAAACGAGAGGAGGUUAGAGGAGCUUGGAGGAGGUUAGAGGAGCGACGGGAACAAACCCUUUAUAUACCUUGGCUGAAGCCAUGCCUCGAUAGUCGAUAAAGGCUGAGACAUGGGAUCAUCUCAGAGCUCACUUAACUUCUCAGAGAAGCCAGUGGAUGCUCACCAGCCAGCAGCCAUGGACGUGGAGCGGCUGCGCGCCGAUCUGAAGGAGGCCGGUCAGGAGCACCUACUGCAGUUCUGGCCGAGCCUGGAGCCCGAGCAGCGCCAGGCCCUCUAUGAGGACAUUACGAGCAUGGACCUGCAGGAGGUGAACGCCUUCUACCGGCGCACGCUGGACGAGGCCGAGGACCAGGAGAAGCUGGACGACAGGCUGAAGCCGGUGCCGGCAGAGGUGUUCGGAUCGGUGGUCCGCUCCUCCGCGGAGCAACUGGAGGCCUACCGGCGCACAGGUCUGGAGGCGGUCUCGCGCGGCGAGGUCGGCGUGCUGCUGCUGGCCGGCGGUCAGGGCACCCGGCUGGGCGUCAGCUACCCCAAGGGCAUGUACAACGUGGGCCUGCCGUCGUCCAAGACACUGUACCAGCUGCAGUCGGAGGGCGUCCGCCGGCUGCAGCAGCUGGCCGGCGAGGUGACGGGCCGCGCCGGAGGCACCGUCACCUGGUACGUCAUGACCAGCGAGAGCACCAAGGAGCCCACCGUGCGCUUCUUCGAGCAGCACGAGUACUUCGGCCUCAGCGCCGACGACCUGGUGUUCUUCGAGCAGGGCACGCUUCCCUGCUUCGGCUUCGACGGAAAGAUCAUCCUGGAGAGUCCGAGCCGGGUGGCGCGCGCGCCGGACGGUAACGGCGGCCUGUACCGGGCGCUCGAGCGUGAGAACAUGCUGCGGGACAUGGAGCGGCGCGGCGUCAAGUACCUGCACGUCUACUGCGUGGACAACAUCCUGGUCAAGAUGGCUGACCCCGUCUUCAUGGGCUACUGCAUCUCGCGGGGAGCCGACUGCGGCGCCAAGGUGGUGGAGAAGGCCUUCCCGACGGAGGCGGUGGGCGUGGUCUGCCAGGUGGACGACCAUUACCAGGUGGUCGAGUACUCUGAGAUCACGCUGAAGACGGCGCAGAAGCGCAGCGCAGACGGCCGGCUCGCCUUCUCGGCCGGCUCCAUCUGUAACCACUUCUUCACGCUCGACUUUCUGAAAUACGUGGUCAGUGAGCACGAGAGUGAGCUGCUGCACCACGUGGCCAAGAAGAAGAUUCCGCACGUGGACAGCGACGGACAGACGCAGAAGCCCGAUAAACCCAACGGCAUCAAACUGGAGAAAUUCGUCUUCGACGUCUUCCAGUUCUCCAAGAAUUUCGCCGUGUGGGAGGUGCUGCGCGAGGACGAGUUCUCGCCGCUGAAGAACGCCGACGGCGCCGAGAAAGACACGCCGACCACGGCGCGGCUGGCGCUCUGCUCGCUCCACCAGCGCUACGUGCUCGCCGCCGGCGGACAGUUCGUCGACGACGACGGCAGGCCCAUUCCGCUCAUACCCAGCCCCGCCACCGGCAAACCAGAGGAGGCCAACAACAACAAGGGCCAGCAGGCCUGGGUGCGCUGGGAGGACCCGGUGAUCUGCGAGAUCUCGCCGCUGGUCUCGUACGCCGGCGAGGGUCUGGAGCCGCUGGUGGCCGGUCGCCGGUUCGUGCCACCGCUGCUGCUCAACGGGCCGGCCGGCGGACAGGGCGACCAGCCGCAGAGAACGGACACUAGCCGGCGGACAGGGAGACCAGCCCGCCGAGAACGGACACUAGCCGGCGAGAGAGCGGCCUCUGAGCCGGUAAUAGCGGCCGCUGAGCCACUGAGCCGCCACUGAGCCACUGAGCCGGCCUCUGAGCCGCCAUCCGCCGUCCGGCUCAGCGGGCCCUCACCGGGCAGUGUUCCGAGGUCGUCGGCGGCUUGAGUGCAGGUUUGACGUCACGUGGAUGUGUGCUGUGUGACGUCCAGCGAAAUCCAGCAGCAUCAGAAGGCCGAUAGUACAAACUGGUGGACGGCGAGGGCAGAACGAUGGCAUUACUAGCUGCCUACGGGGGACGUGAUGGCUUCAUUUUGAUUGGAUCAUUUUGGUCAAAGUGUUUCUUGGAAAAGCACACCUGACUGCCCAGAAGCAUGCGAAUCGAACAAGAAACUAGCGAAUCAGUUUGUGUGUUGAUUGGAUACACUGUAAGUUGGUAUCUGAUUGGCGGAUUGGGUGUUUUCCACCCCGUGAUUGGCCAGUUUUCCUCGGACCAGUGUGUGAUUUUUCACCGGCAGUGCCAUUAGUGUCCAUCCGCGGCUUAGAGCUGUCCCCAUCACCGACCACUGUGCGUGCACCGGCGCGGCAUGCGCUCGCGUUUUGUCGAAUUAUUCGUUCCGUGCUGCGCUGUCGGGUGCAGUCCGCCAUCAUACAUCAGCGUGCGCGCGGUGGAUGUAGCCUGUAGACGACAGCACGUGCCAGUCUGAGUUUCUGCAGCUGUGCCUGUCCCUGCCGUUGUGAACUAACUGCCCCAAACUGCCCGGUGGCGGCUGGUGUCGCCCGUCCUGCCCGUCCGGAGCCCGCCAGUAGCACGG